AUGGAAUCACAACGCCGACGAGUGUACUCUUUCUCCUCCAACGAGACCAUCCUUGAGGUCUACUCAUCUUCACCCCCAAGCAGCACGGAACCGGUGGGUGUCGACACGACGCCCACAUGGAAGGUUUUGGCCAAUGAUUUGAUCGCGUCGUCAGCUCGUGGAACCAGCUUCUGCCACAGCCGUGGCCUGCCGACGCAUUAUCACGACAUUGCAAGAUCAACUGCCAAUCUCAACGGGGACCGAGAAAAUCUGGAUCUGACAGAAGUGGAGGGUGAAGAGGAAUACGAGUCAGAAGAGUCGAUAGACUGGGACGAAGAAGAGGAGGAAGAAGAGGAGCGACAGCAGCGCCUCGCAUGCCGGAAACAGCCGACGGCACAAUCCACCUUCCCGCAGACGAUGGGCUUUUGGUUCGACUCGUGGAUUGCGGAAGUCGGUGCCAGGGCGGUGAAUGCCGACUUGCAAGCCUUAUGCGGGACUAUCCAGCUGUGGAGAGCGGGGACCGACAUUCCGAGGGUAAUGAUGCAGGAAGGGCAAGGAGAAGAGUAUCAGCAGGCUGAGCAAGGAUCGCCUUUGCCUUUCCUGCAGCUAUUUUCAACAACGGAUGGCAUUGACACGCUCGGCGAGCAAGACGGCCCGCUCAUAUCUCAGACCGGCUGGGAUAGGCUGCUGCGCGAGAUGAGGACCAUGGCCAGACACAUGCACCAAGCCCGAAAGCGUAGGGAAGAAUGGAGGAACAUGAUCUCGGACUGGUGCGAACAGGGCGUCGCACUGCGGGUGAGGGGGAGAGGUGCGUUCGUGGAUGAGCUCGAAGUUGGAUAUGAGGUUGAGAGAGAGGUCGAUGGGACGAAAUGGAGCGUGAAGCUGGGGUAUCGCAGGAAUGAUGCGGUGGUUGAGGACAUGGAUUCGGAGUGGGACGAAGACAGCGAAGAAGUGGUGCCGACGUCGAGAUGA